CUUAUUUUUUAUCUUCCUUUACUUCCAUUUCCUUUUUACUUAUCAUAAUUUAUCCAUCAUGUAUAGAAAACAAGAUGAUUCACUACACUCUUCUAUUCUUCGUGUAACAAAGUCUAAUUAUUAUGACCGUGACAGUGGUAUAGCAACAACAGAGACAGAGGACGAGAGUGCAGCGCCGACCUGCAUAUUUAGUGACGACGAUGACUAUUAUAAACGAGCCAAUACUUCAGCCAUAAGUUAUGCUAUAGACAAAGACAGCAGUAUAUCUUCUCUGCUACACUCUCCAAACUACUUUGCUAAUCUAGGAGAUCAGGCAAUCUAUUCUCUCAAAGAUUUCAUGAACGAUCACGACUGGAAAAAAGUGUUGAAGCAUAAGAGCGGCGUUACUGUUUAUAUGCUUCAAAAGCAACAUAAAGGGGAAAAAUCAGCACUGUUUCGAGGAGAGACUGUCAUUGAAGGAUUUACCCCUCAAUCUAUCUUUUAUGUGAUCGGUAUGAGGAAAUUAUGGGAUGAACAAUUUGAAGAAGGAAGGCUGAUAGAAAACUUGAAUGAUACAACUUCGUUAACUUACGAAUCAUAUAAGUCAACCUCUUCAUCAAAAGCUUAUGAUGUGACACUUGUAGAAAAAAUUGAUUGCUCUGCAGACGGAGAAAUCAUCUUUGCCUGUACAAGCGUAGAUACCCCCAAGGCCCCAAAGGUGCCUGGAAAAAAUAGACAUCACGUCAAGAUCGAUGUUAACAUUUCCCUUUUUGUUCUUUCAAAAAAAAAGUUACAAGGUUGGAUACUUCGACAAACAAGUUCUUAUCCACCGGCAACCAAAGUUACAUUUAUUACACAAGAAUAUAUCAGGGGCUGGAUACCUGGACUCACCAAGAAAUCAUUGGCUAGAAAACCUUUAAUUAUUGCUGCCAUCGACGAUUACUUGCAACGAAAGGCAGACAGAUUAAAGACUCAGGGGCACAGCAAUCAGAAACAAAUAUCAGAGCCUUCUAUACCUAGAACUGUCACACCUCCUUCACCAUCCUCCACGCCCAGGUCUAUUCUUAGUCUGCGUACGCCUUCACCUCCGAACCGACCUGUCUAUAUGCAGUCUUCACCUACACUAGGAAUUGCGACACCCCCACUUACCAAGGACUAUCCAAAGGGACGUAUCAUCUUGUCCAACCCGCCGCCACGUGUAUCCUCACUAAGCUCAAAUACGCCAAAGCAAGUUAAAUUUGCAGAUGAUCCAGUACUGAAACCUACUACAUCCAAUCCAUACUUACCAAAGUUACCAGAAGUUCAUCCAGCGAGACUCUAUCCAGCAAGCCGUCAUAGGGAGGCGCGCAAGGAAAGUUUGGAGUCAUUGAAAAGACAUGUGGAAAGUGAUCUGGACGAAUGGAAAUCGGCAGGAGAAUCGGAGCAUGCCAAAUACUAUAUCAAGCCGCUUCCCGAUACAGCCUUACCGAUCAUGCGAAGCGACUGUGAGAUUCAAGGAGAUUGGUCGCCAGAGCAAGUUUGCUCUGUGAUUCAAUGCUUUGGUGCUCGAAAGAAAUGGGAUGAACAUUUUGAGGAUGGUCAAGUAGUAGAAAGAUUUUCACAAAAGGAAUACUUGAUUCAUAUCAAAAUGAAAAGUUUGUUUCCUAUUCAAAGCCGAGAUUUUUCAGUUCUCACAAGUAUCGAAAGCAACAUCAAUACAGGCGCAGUCUAUAUCGUGUCUACCAGUGUAGAGGACGAAUUACUGCCAUUAGAAGAAAAGGAGCAACAACGUACGCGAGGACAUUACACGACGUACGGAUGGGCGCUUCUGCCGAGCCGGAACUCGGUCAAGGUCACUUUUAUUGCUCACAUGCACCUCGGAGGCACGACACCAUUACCAUCAUCCAUUGUCAGACGAUUGACCACACAGGUCCCGUCCUGUCUGGAUCGAAUACAGAAUUAUUUGGAUCAAGUGGGCUGUCCACCCUAUAUUCGUCGGGUGGCAGGUAAGAUCGUACUAGAGCAAUUUGAUACAGAGAGCAAGUCGUAUUCGAUGACCUAUAUGGCCAAACACGCUCCAUCACGAAGAAAUCACUCGUCGUGGUGCACAGAUCUUCGUGUACAUCCACGCAUGUAUGCCUUGGGUUAUCAUGUCGAGACACAGCCGCUGGAUGGCGUACGAGUAGAGAUCAGGCCAGGUGUCGGAUUGAGGGUUUAUACGGAAAACGAGGCGUUGGAAGGAGAAAGGAUUCAUUUGACGAUUGUUCCUGUGUCAGAAGGCACUGAGCCACGAUAUACCUGGAACAGUUCCGAUAUUAUGGAAAGCAAAAGGAUUGAAAAAGUAGUAAUAGAAGAAGAAGAAGAAGAAAAAGAGCAAACAGAGGUUCGAGUAGAGAAACAAGUAGAUGUAGAACAUUCAGAUGAAAGUCAUGUAGAUAUUAUGGAACCGUUACAGAUUGAAAAAGUGAAUGUUGAUGAGGAAGCACCUGUUGUUGUAAAACGACGGCAUAGUGCAGACAUUGUCAUAACAGAUGAACUUGCAUUUUCCAUGGAGCAGUUUUCAUUUAUUAUUAUGCUCAUGCUAACAUAA